CCCAUAGACUAGAAGAUCAUCUGAGAGGCUCCAAACUCAGCAGGUAUAACUAUCUUGGAAGGAGAAGCAGCUGAAGGACUCAAGCGAACCAAGAAAAUGGCAUCCACCACUUAUUUAAGUGCCUUCUUCUUCAGUUUUCUGGUUUCAUACAUCUUCUUGGGAGUGAAGGCUGACAACUGUGCCAGGGAUUGGCUGGAAUACCAAGGCAACUGCUAUGGAUAUUUUGAGACAAAGGUGUCAUGGGAAAAGGCUGAGAUCGAUUGCCAGUCCUACGCUCGCGGGGCUCACCUUGCUUCCAUCCUUACCACAGCCGAGUCCCUUGUAGUGGCCAAUCAUAUUGCGGCUUUCCAGAAUGAAGCUAGUGACGUCUGGAUUGGUCUUCGCGAUAUUACUCAUAAAGGAAGAUGGAGGUGGGCUGAUGGAUCCGUCUUCAACUACAAAUCAUGGUUGGUGGUGCCGCCCAAGAUACAGAAGAAUCCUAAGUAUUGUGUUGAACUUCUGCGUUCUGGGAGUGGGUCAUCUGUUGUUCAGGAUCAGAACGGUGUCGUUCAGCAAACAGAAGAAAGAGGCCUCAGUGAACGUGCAGACUUUACAAAAUGGAGGAAUACCAAGUGCCAGAAACUGAAUGCCUACAUCUGCAAGCAUGAACUGUAGAGAUGGCAUAGUCUCAAGUGUGCGGCAGUACCUCUUGUAUGUUCUCCUUCUAAAGGACUGGUUCUCUCAAAUGCACCACGCAAAUGACAGAAUCCCCUACCCAAAGAGCCUCUCAGCAUACAGCUACACUAUACACUUGAAAUGGUUUGAUAUUCAUUUUUUCUCUCCAGAGAACCCUGG